ACUUCAGACUUUACUCAGAGACAGCCUGCCUGGGCAUGGAAACUCAGCCCUCUGGAGGUUGUUGACAGACCACAAACUAACUUGCGCUCUUCCUUCACCUCAGUUUCACAAUUAAUAUAUUUACAGUGAUGGUUUCACAGCUGGACAUGAGGCUAGUUCUGUUUUCAUCUGUGGCUUUUGUGGCCUGCACACAGAGUGCUUUUCCUCCACCAUGUGACAGUGAGAUAUACUGCUCCGGGCCCAUCUUGCAUCAGGUACAGGCAGCUAAACUGUUUGAUGAUGACAAGUACUUUGUUGACAUGAAGCUGAGGGAAACUCCUGAUGUUGUUUUGUCGGCUUUUCAAAACCUGUCACAAGAAUCACCAAACAUCCCGCCUGCCAAACUGCAGGAGUUCCUCAGGACGUACUUUGAGAAACCAGGGACGGAGUUUGAGUCGUGGACUCCAUCAGACUGGCAUGACAACCCAAAGUUCCUGGGAGGGAUAGCAGACCAACAACUGCGGAGCUGGGCUGGAAAGAUCCAUCAGCUGUGGAAAUCUCUCGGCAGAAAGAUUCGUUCCAGUGUUGAGGAUCACCCCGAGCUCUACUCCCAGAUCUACACCCCCCAUCCUGUCGUUGUGCCGGGGGGCCGCUUCAGGGAGCUCUACUAUUGGGACUCCUACUGGGUCAUCAACGGGCUCCUGCUGUCAGAGAUGACACACACGGCCUACGGGAUGAUUCAAAACUUCCUCUACCUCGUCGACAGAUAUGGCUUCGUUCCAAAUGGUGGGCGGAUUUACUAUGAACGGCGAAGUCAGCCUCCAUUCCUCACUCUAAUGGUGGAGAGCUACUAUCAAGCAACCAAGGAUAAAAAGUUCCUCAGAGCCGCUUUACCGACUCUGGAGCGGGAGUACCAGUUCUGGAUGCAGAACCGUUCUGUGGCUGUGAGAGUGAACGGGUCAGAGCAUAAACUGAACCGGUAUUAUGUGCAGGUGGGCCUGCCCAGGCCUGAGUCCUACACUGAUGAUCUGGAGUUAGCCCAAGGACUCACUGAUGAGCGAAAGGAGCAGCUGUGGAUGGAUCUGAAAGCGGGUGCAGAGUCUGGCUGGGACUUUACAUCCCGCUGGUACAGUGACAGUGACGGCACCCUGGGCUCCACCCGCACCAGUCAGAUCCUGCCGACUGACCUCAACGCGCUGCUGUGCCUCAGCGAGAAAACUCUGGCUUCUUUUCACAGGAUACUGGGUGAUGGUGACUCAGCUGCACAGUACGAGCAGGCUGCAGCCCGCAGACUGCAGGCCAUAGAGUCCGUGCUGUGGGAUGCUGAGAGGGGAGCCUGGUUUGACUUCAACCUGGUGACAAACUCCAAACACUUUGAGUUCUACCCCUCCAACCUGGCACCUGUCUGGGCUCAGUGUUAUUCUCAGGCUGAGAUGGGAGAGAGGGCGGUGCAGUACCUGAAGAGGAGCGGAGCCCUCCAGUUCCCCAACGGAGUGCCAACGUCUCUGAAGGAGUCCGGGCAGCAGUGGGACUAUCCCAACGCGUGGCCUCCUCUGCAACACAUGCUCAUCGAGG